UGCUUGCCAGCCUUACCAGUGUGGCCGUAGAGGACAGUGUCAUUGGGUUAAAUAACACCCAACACACAAAGAAAACUAAAAACAAUUUAAAAAAUGAGAGUCAUCAAGCUGGAAGAGUGCAUUUUACUCGAGAUUUGAGCUAAUUCACUUUUAUGUGUGUACAUUCGGCUUCAAGAAAACAUCAUAGAUAUUACAUCUAAAUCAUAAAUACCACUAGAUAGAUACAUCACAGAAAAAUAUCAUACAUACUGUUGACCUGCAACUGUUCAGAGAUUUUGAGGUUUAUUUGAAGGUUAUUCAGAUAACAAGCAAAUGUUUAACUACAGUGAUAUGUGGUAGAUCAAUUAAAAGCAGAUUCAAAAAAAAUAUUUUUUCAAUGCAUCAGAAGUACACUUAGGUUGUUAUAGGACAUUUAAUAUUACUUUAAGACGUCUAAUACUUGUUGACUGACUGUACAGGGGAACUGUAGGUUACAACACACUGCUCAAGAGCUGCCAUUACUGGCUCAGAGAGCUUCAUGUCAACAUGGUGCUGUGUUCCCUAGUCUGGCUGUGCAUCUUUAUAGUAAAACCAAUUCUUGGUUCAGCUGAGGAGAAGACAAUAGUAAUAAACACAAGUGCUGGGCCCAUUGAGGGACUGCAAAUCUUGUCUAAUUGGUCAAAACAGAUAAUUUAUUCCUUUAAAGGAAUUCCAUAUGCAAGUCCACCAUUGGGAGAUUUGCGAUUCAAGGACCCAAUCCCACCUAAAAAAUGGACUCAAGUCAGGGACGGCAAAGUGCAUCGAGCGAUUUGCCCCCAGAUCUCAACUAUUCCUGGAAGUGAUACAAUGUUAAUGGAUGAGGACUGUUUAUUCUUGAAUGUAUACUCUCCGCAGCUGCCUUCGCCAGAACGUAAACCUCUGCCAGUAAUUGUAUGGAUUCACGGCGGAUUUUUCACUCAAGGGUCUGGCAACUAUGAUUCUUAUGGUCCAGAUUUGCUGAUAGCUGAAGGAGUGGUUAUGGUUACUCUCAACUACAGGCUAGGAGCUUUAGGGUUCCUCAACAUGGGUGUAAAUGAUGCACCAGGCAAUGCAGGGUUGAAGGACCAGAGAUUUGCACUACUGUGGGUUCAGUCAGAGAUACACAACUUUGGUGGAGACCCACAUCAAGUCACAAUCUUUGGGGAGAGUGCUGGAGCCGUAUCUGUUCACUUACACUACCUUUCCCCGCUCUCUGUCGGAUUGUUCCACAGAAUCAUAGGAGACAGUGGGUCGCCUUUAGCUUACAGAGUGAGAGAAGAUAACAGACAGUUUGCAGUGGAGCUGGCAAAGCGGCUAAACUGUCCUCACGAGAAUUUGUCUGAGGUUCUCAUCUGCCUGAGAACUGCUCAGUAUGAGGACAUAGUCAGAGCACAGAACCUAAUUGAGGCUCCUCAGGAUUAUAAGACAGGGCUAACUAUUUUUACUCCUACCAUUGAUAAAAACACCAGUCGAAUGCCUUUUCUGCCUGAAUUUCCUUACAAGUUGAUAAAACAGAAAAAGGACUUUUUUUUACCAACCCUUUUGGGAAUAAAUGAUGGAGAAGGGAUCAUAAGGCUCUUUGAAAAAGAAGAAACCAUCAGGAAUAUUACCAAUGAUUUAGAAUAUGUAUAUGCCUUGCAAGUUCCAGGAUCAAACAUAUGUCCAUCAAAACUAAAAGCAGAAAAACUCAAACAUUUUUAUUUUAAAGAUGCAUCGCCAUCAGAAUUACAUGCUCGAGGAUACGUUGAUUUAUACUCUGACGUUCUGUAUAGUUAUGGGACUGUGGUCAAUGCCAGGGAGUACCAAACUCGAUCAACAGUGUUCUUGUAUUACUUUACGUUUAUUGGGCGUUUCAAAAACAAAUUUGUUGAAUUGAUUCAGAGAAAGUAUAACAUUUCAGGAGUUUGCCAUGCAGAAGAACUGAAUUAUUUGUUUAUUAAUCAAGAUAACAGAAAAACUUUGGAAGAGCACUCCGAUGAAUAUAUAACUAGGCAGAGAAUGGUGAAAAUGUGGACUAACUUUGUGAAAUAUGGGACACCCACUGUAGGUCCUGACCCUCUGCUACAGAAUGUCCAUUGGCUGCCUGCCACAGAAGGUAGAACCAACCACCUCCACAUUGGUGUCAACUUGAGAAUGGCACCUGAAGAUCUCCUGGCCCCUCGGCCGGCAAUAUGGGACAAUAUCACUUUCAAUCAUUGCUUGAAUAAUGUUUUGGGUUAGUUGUAAAUGUGCAAAAUUUAACAUUUGAAUAACACCAAAUAUUCAUCCAAUCUUGUUGAAUGUGUCAAUAGAUAAAAUUUUGUAAUUUGUCAUUGGUAGAAGGGCAUGUGUAAUACAGUAAUUUCACAAUCUUCACUAACACAAGGCCGUGCCCAAGAAUGCAGCACUCGCCAUAAAAUAUCAGUAGCAAGAAAUUUGUAAACACUAGUGUUGCACAGAUGCUCCAUAUGAUUACGUGUAACAGCUGUCUCAGUAGGCCGGACUUCGGCAUUGUCACUUUUGUCUCGCCACAGCCUUGUAUAAGAGGAGGAGGCUAUGGUAAUGGCUUGGAUAUUAUUCCUCAUUCUGUUUAGUUAAGUAAGCAUACUAAGGCCAAUGAAAAACAAAAACUACAAAGAAUGUAAUACGACGCAACACUUUUUUCUAUGAUUUGCUUUACUAGCUGAUCAUAAAAAACAUUGUCAAACCUGACAAGAAUAUCAUAAGAAGAAGGGUAGAAAGAUACCACGUGGUUAGCAGUGCAUUAUUUGUAUUGAGAAUAAAAAUGAGUGUAUAGUAGAACUCCUCAUACCCUAGUAUAACCGACUCCUUGGGAUAGCCAAUAUUCUAUUUGUUUCCUGUCUGAUGCGAAAAAGACAAGGGCUUUCGGUUAACCGAAAAGCCGAUCAGGCGAUCAUGGGUGUUGCCGUAAUCGCGGUAGACGAUCACCACUGUCGCCGUAGGAUGUUUUCACACGUUGCCGCAUCCGAGAGAGAUAAUUACUGGUCUCGCCAAGGCCGCUAGUUAUGCUCCUCUCAAUAUCUGACGUUUUGGCCGUUCCGACCAUGACCCGGUCCCGUCAUGACUGGAUAUGAAGCUGAUCACUACUGUAGUUAAAUUGAACCACCAAGAAGAGAGUGCUGCUGUUGAUAAAAUAUACUUGUUGAAUUUACUGUCUUUUUAACCAAGCCAAAGUAAAAGUACAACUAUAAUAUCUUUAGGUCAAACCAAUUAUCAAAGUAUCAUAAAUGAAGAGAAAAUAGAAUUUUCUCAGUAGCACUAACUGUAAAUGAUUUAUUCAACUCUAUUCUAUUUGAAUGAAAGAUUUACAUAAUGCUAACACCUGCAAGCAAUUAAUUGUAAUUGAAUAAUUAUUAUGAUAUUGUUGAGAAAGCAUAAAGGGAAGAAAAGUUACACAUUUGUUUUAAGAUACAGUUCUUUAAUACAGUGUACCUGAGAUUAUAAAGUUUCUUGGACAG